AGAGCUGCGAGAGGAGGAGCCUGUGGGGUGUGGGACUCCAGACAAAGGAGACAUAUACUCAUUGAUACUGGACCACUGGAGCGAAAGGAGAGGCACAGGAGACGAUCCUCAACUCCUGGAUGACUUUUUUGUGUUUUGGAAAACUUGGUAUUUGGUGUUUGUCAGCUGUAUGGAUUCCUUUGUGAGUUUAGAGAUGUUUGUGUUGCAGCAUUGGUUCCCAUAUGCUGUCUGUAGCGUGUAGAAGUGUGUGGGUUAUUAUGUUUGGGAUGGAAAAGUGGGGCUGGCACGACCAACACCUCUUCUCUUAGCUUUACGCCAUGGGGGGUUGCCAUAGUUACCCCUCAGCUACGAAGGCAGACAGUCAGACUCUUCAGCUUUCUGAUAGCAGCAGUGAAAAACUGGGAAUUAAUAACAAUAACCUGGAGGAGCGUCCGUAUCUGCAGCAGCAGUUCGUGUGCCAGCAGAUCCCACACACAGACAUGUUAUCCCUCACGGCGCUGCCGCCUGGCGUCGACCAGGCAGAGUGGCUUGCCAGCAACACUGUGGCAUUUUUCAAGCAUAUAAACCUUUUCUCCAGUGCACUGUCUGAGUUCUGCACUCCCAGCUCCUGCCCAACUGCCUGUGGACCAGACAACAGGGUUUAUGUUUGGACAGAUGACCACGGCAGAAAGCUGAAGUGCUCUGCUCCACUUUACUUUGACUAUGCCAUGUCAUACAUUCAGGAGCUCCUGACUGAUGAGGAUGUGUUCCCCACAAAAGCAGGUUCAGUGUUUCCAGCAGGCUUCGUCUUUCUGGUCCAGAAGGUGUUUUUGCUGUUUUUCAGAACUCUGGCUCACAUUUACUGGUCUCAUUAUAGAGAGACACUGGCGCUGGGCCUGCACCCACACCUCAACACACUCUUUGCACACCUCACAUUUUUCUGCCGGCAGCAUGCCCUGUUGGAUCCGGAGGACACGGAGCCAAUGCAGGACCUCAUCACAGCUCUGGGACAGCAAAGCUAAACCUAAAGAGCAAACAAACAAACAAACAAACAAACAUUUUCAUCACACACUUACAUACUUGUUAUAUCUUGUUACAAAGAUACAUGUUGUCUCUCACCACUCUGGGCCAAAUUCAAACUUCACAGUAUGGAUUUUUAUUUUUUUUAAAGUCUGGAAGUUUAAAAUAGAUAAUAAAAUACUGUUAAUGAACAGUAUUUGGGAGAAUGAAAGAGUCGGUUCUGCUUAAAAAAAAUUUAAAAAAUCAGCAUGUCAGACCAGAAAGAGUAUCUUGCUGCAGUUGUAUAUAUAUGUUGUAAGCUAUUGUGAUACUGUGUGACUCUGUGAUAUUACAUUUUACUGUAUUUUAACAUAAUGUUGCAUUAUUAUAUUUCGUUACGGUCAAGAUCUUCAGGGCCAUUCAUGUCUUCCUCAUAGGCUUAACUCAGCAAUACAAAACAACAAAUCAUCCAGUCUACAGUCAAUUUAAACGAAAUGUGGAAUCCUUACAUUUUUAACUUUUGCAAAAACACAUCAGGGUGAUGUUUUGACACAAAUGUGAUUACAUUAACGUGGCUGUAUCUAUGUGGAACGACAGCCUAUCUCCACAUCUGCAUUAUGUAAAGUUCUGUGCUCUGUGCUAAACAUUUAUGACAGACCAUUUUCUGUAUGAAUGUAUAUAUAAAACAACAACAUUUAGUUUUUAUCUUGGUCUGGCAGUAACUGCUGGUGCUGUAAAUGCAGUGUGUCUUUGGUUUGAGAGCAGCACCACCCGCUGCCAGCACAGGAAAGCAGCAUCUAUCAAUUGUUUUAACCUUAACUGUCAGCUAUAGCACACUGCAGUCUGUAGGCAUAUUGCUGGUUUUGUUGACUGCAGCCUAUUGGAUUUGAAAUAAAACAAUGACAAUCCGGG